GUCUGAUUGAGAGCGUGGACGCACACAACGAACGGAAGAAUCGAGGAAAGACACAAGAACAGAGUUUCCACUCCGCUGUCAUCACUUAUAAAUUCGCAGCUCUGAUUCUUACAGCACACAGAGCAAACACAGCUCGAACAACUGCUCUUCCAGAUAAAGAAAUUUGAAGAAAAAUGGAGACUUUGCUCAGCUCACUGGCGCUAAUUUCUUGUGCUGUUGCAUUAGUGUAUGCCUGGAAAAUACUGAACUGGGCAUGGUUCAGGCCGAGAAAGCUGGAGAAAAUCCUCAGACAGCAGGGUUUCAAGGGGAAUUCUUACAAGCUUUUCUUCGGGGAUUUCAAUGAAAUGAAGGCGAUGACGAAAGAAGCCAAGUCCAAGCCCAUGAGUUUUUCCCACGAAAUUGUGCCUAGAGUGGCUCCCUCAAUUAUUAAAACUGUCAAGAACUAUGGUGAGCAGUCUUUUCUGUGGUUUGGACCAAGGCCAGCAGUAAUUGUCUUGGACCCUGAAAUGGUAAGAGAGAUUCUGUCGAAAAGUUACGUAUUUCAGAAGCCUGGCGGUAAUCCAACAAGUAGAAUGCUGGCAAGAGGAAUUGCAUCCUAUGAAACAGAUAAGUGGGCCAAGCACAGAAGAUUGAUCAAUCCUGCGUUUCACGUCGAGAAAUUAAAGCAUAUGGUUCCGGCAUUUUACUUGAGUUGUGCGGACAUGUUGAGCAAAUGGGAAAAGAUUGUGCCGAGGGAAGGAUUGUGUGAGUUGGACGUGUGGCCGUAUCUUCAAACCUUGACAAGCGAUGCGAUCUCACGUACUGCAUUUGGGAGUAGCUAUGAAGAAGGAAGAAGGAUAUUUGAGCUUCAAAAAGAGCAGGCCGAGCUUAUCAUGGAAGCGCUUCGCACUGUUUACAUCCCCGGAUCGAGGUUUUUGCCGACCAAGAACAACAAAAGGAUGAACAAAAUUGUGAGGGAAGUGGAAUCAUCCGUGCUCGGCAUUAUCAAUAAAAGAAUGAAAGCAAUCAAAGCAGGGGAAACUGCAGGCGACGACUUAUUGGGUUUACUAUUGGAGUCCAAUCUUAAGGAAAUCGAGCAACACGGAAAUAAGUUUGGAAUGAGCUUGAAGGAGGUGAUUGAAGAGUGCAAGCUCUUCUACUUUGCGGGGCAGGAGACAACUUCGACUCUGCUUGUUUGGACGAUGAUUUUAUUGAGCAAGCAUAAGGAUUGGCAGGAACGCGCGAGAGACGAGGUUUUGCAGCUCUUUGGAAGAGACAAACCUGAUUAUCAAGAGCUAAACCACCUCAAAAUUGUAAGCAUGAUAUUCCAUGAGGUUCUAAGGUUAUAUCCACCAGGAGUAAUGCUCAAUCGAAUUACAAUGAAGGAAAGUACACUAGGAAAGGUAACUCUACCAGCCGGAGUGCAGCUUCUGAUGCCGGCCGUUUUGUUGCACCAUGACCGCAAAAUAUGGGGCGAUGAUGCUGAGGAAUUCAAGCCGGAGAGGUUCAGUGAAGGAGUUUCUAAGGCAACGCAGGGGCAGCUCGUCUAUUUCCCGUUCGGCUGGGGGCCUCGGAUAUGCAUCGGGCAGAGCUUUGCAAUGUUAGAAGCCAAAUUGGCGAUGGCUAUGAUCUUGCAGCACUACUCUUUCGAGCUUUCUCCAUCCUAUUCACACGCUCCUGCCACAGUGAUCACCCUUCAACCUCAACACGGCGCACACUUAAUUCUGAGAAAGUUGUAGGGUUUAUGGUUUAGGGUUUCGGACUGAAAUUUGUUUUAUCAGUGAGAAUUUAGUGCAUAAUUGUGUUUGUAACAUGUAUAAGAUGUGUUGAGUAUUAAUAAAAGUUUUGAAUUUUAUUCUGUAAA